AUGCAAUGCAAUGGAUAUAAGCAGAAUAAUAGAAGAAGAAUUUCUUGUGAGGCUUUACCCUUGAGUUUGAAAUCAGUCAAGUGCCAUUAUUUCAAGGCACUUCAGUCACUCACGUGGCUAGGUGUGGCUGACUUCCAAAGAAAGAUAAUUGUGGAUCUGGAAGAGGAUUUGACUAAGAAAAGAAAAAUAAGGUCCUCACCAUUGUCAGACAGUGGAAAGAGAAGGAAAACUUCACUCAAAUCAACCACAAGUCCAAGUUCACAAGAUACCAGCUCAAGUUCCAGUGUACUUAACAGAAGUGUUUCACCUCCACCAGUCUUAUCCCAGCAAAGUAUUUCCACAGACUUUGUUAUAUCGUCUUUAGGGGGGUACUCUGAGCAAGAUCCAUGCUCUCAAUAUAGUGACGUUACAGACUCAAGUAUUCCAGUUUUAGUGUCCUGUGAAGACGAUACUUCAGUUCUUGAAGGUUCUUUCAGAGAUGAUGCUUUCCCUUUGACUCCCCCAGACUUGGAUGAAACAAUACGGGAUGAAAAAAUAGAACGACUUAAACAGCUCUUAAGAGAACGAGAAGCAGCGCUUGAAGAGAUGCGUAGAAAAAUGCAGCAAAGCUGAAAUACUGAAGCUGGUGAUCUGGACCAUAUUCAUCUUCAUUUCAGUGACUUCAAGAAGAAAUUCCUUGUUUAAAUGAACAUGAAUAUUUCUGGUAGAUGGAAGAUCUUAAUGAGAUUUACAAUAUGUGUGCAUUUAGAAAAGUAUAGGUUUCUUGUUAAAUACCAGAAAUAAAAGACUUGGACCAUCAAAUUCUGCUUCUGGGACAUUAUAUGUAUCAAAGAAUGCAGAAGAUAGGCAUUUUUAUUAGUGUAUUCUCUAUAUUUUGAAUUGAGGGGUUUCUGUAUUAGUCCUAGCAAAUAAACUUUCCCACUUUGGAAUUCCAUGGCCUAUCUCUUAGAAACUGAAUGUAAAUUGCAAACCCCAAUUGUAGAUAUUUUUUUGUUUUCCUAAUGUUUUAUAGUGCAUGACAACUUUUGGGAAUUCCUGAGAAUUGUCAAUUGUCAUAAAAGGUCAAUGGUCAGUAUUUAAUAAAUGCUAUUUAAG